AUGGUUGAUAUCAGAAUUGACAAGAAUUUAUUUCAGGAACGGUUAUCGCAUUUUAUAUCGGCUUGGAAAGCUGAUAAGAGAGGAGGCGACGCGGUCUUCAAUGGCGCGAGUAGUAUCCUGGUAUUAAUGGGAAAGACGGAGGAUGUGGCAAGCUUUCAGAAAAAUAAUGCCAUCCAUUUCUGGUUAUUAGGCUAUGAAUUCCCUGCGACACUCUUCCUUUUCACAGUCGAAACUUUAUACAUUGUUACAACGGCAAAGAAAGCGAAACAUUUGGAACCUUUGAAAGGUGGAAAGAUUCCUCUUGAGGUCUUGGUCAGAGGCAAAGAUGCGGCGGCCAACGAGAAGCUUUUCACAAAGAUCGCAGAUGUUAUUAAGUCAUCGGGGAAGAAACUCGGAGUUUUAACAAAAGAUACAUCAAGUGGCCCUUUCAUUGAUGAGUGGAAGAAAAUCUAUGCCGAGGUAAAGGAUGUUGAAGAAGUAGAUAUUGCACCGGCUCUGUCUUCUGCAGCUUUGGCAGUAAAAGAUGAGAAUGAACUGCGCGCUAUGCGCAAUUCAUCGAAAGCAUGCACUGCACUCAUGAACCCAUAUUUCGUCGAAGAAAUGUCAGGUAUACUGGACGAGGAGAAAAAAGUCAAACACAGCGCCUUGGCCAACAAAGUGGAUGGUAAGUUGGAUGACGCCAGAUUUUGGACCUCUGUCGAGCUUCCCAAUAAGCAAAAGAUGCCCAGCGACUUCGAUUCCGCACAAUUGGACUGGACUCAUGGUCCUAUCAUACAAAGUGGUGGAAAGUACGAUUUGAAGAUGAGUGCCCAAGUCGACGAUGAGUUAUUACAUGCUGGUGUGAUCAUCUGUUCUAUGGGUCUUCGAUACAAAACGUACUGUUCCUUAAUCGGCCGAACUUACCUCGUCGAUCCAAAUAAGUCCCAGGAGAGCAACUACAAGUUUUUGUUGCAGGUUCAUAAUCUUGUUAUGAAGGAAAUUCGCGAUGGUGCCCAUGUCAAGGAUAUAUACGCCAAAGCUCUGGCUCUCAUCAGAACCAAGAAGCCUGAGCUAGAGAGGCAUUUCUUAAAGAAUGUUGGAGCUGGUAUUGGUAUCGAAACACGAGACCCCACUUUACUCCUAAAUGCCAAGAGCACUCGUAGCUUAAAGGACGGAAUGACUCUUUGUGUCACCACCGGAUUCAAUGAUAUUGAGAAUAAGGAUCCUCAAGAUAAGAAGAGCAAGAUUUACUCUCUGGUAUUGUCAGAUACUGUGCGUGUGACUCAGGCGGAGCCAGUUAUCUUCACUGGCGAUGCACCCUCGGAACUUGAUGCGACCUCGUUCUUUUUCAAGGAUGAAGAAGAUGAGCCUGCCCCUGAACCGAAAGCCAGUAAAGCAAAGAAGGAUUCGAGCGUUGGAGCUGUUGCGGCCAAAAAUAUCACCAAGACAAAACUCCGGGCUGAACGAACAACUCAAGUUGAUGAAGGUGCUGAAGCUAGACGUCGUGAGCAUCAAAAAGAGCUCGCAAAGAGGAAGCAAGCAGAUGGUCUUGCAAGAUUCGCUGAAGCUACCGGUGAUCAAAAUGGCGUCGCCGUGAAAAAGUUUAAGCGAUUCGAAUCUUACAAGCGUGAGAAUCAAUUCCCUCCCAAGAUUCGAGAUCUCGCUAUUGUCAUGGAUGCUAAAAAUUCGACAAUUGUCUUGCCUAUUAUGGGCCGACCAGUACCUUUCCAUAUCCAAACAAUCAAGAAUGCAAGCAAGAGUGACGAAGGUGAAUUUUCAUACCUUCGAAUCAACUUCUUGUCUCCUGGACAAGGUGUAGGAAGAAAAGAUGACCAGCCUUUCGAGGAUGCUUCAGCGCACUUUGUUAGAAGUUUGACAUUCCGAUCACAUGAUGGAGAUAGGUUUCAAGAUAUUGCCAAUCAAAUUGGUAACAUGAAGAGAGAUGCUGUCAAGCGUGAGCAAGAGAAGAAGGAUAUGGAAGAUGUUGUUGAGCAGGACAAGUUGGUUGAGAUUCGAAAUCGUCGACCUAUUGUUAUGGACAAUGUUUUUAUUCGUCCCGCCAUGGAUGGUAAACGUGUACCAGGAAAGGUCGAAAUUCAUCAAAAUGGUCUUCGCUAUCAAUCCCCUCUUAAUAAUCAACAACGAGUCGACAUUCUCUUCAGUAACGUCAAACAUCUCUUCUUUCAACCUUGUGAUCAUGAAUUAAUUGUCAUCAUUCAUGUACAUCUCAAAGAUCCAAUUUUGAUUGGCAAGAAAAAGACCAAGGAUGUUCAGUUCUAUCGCGAAGCGACCGACAUUCAAUUCGACGAGACUGGAAACAGAAAGCGAAAGUACAGAUAUGGUGACGAGGAAGAAUUUGAAGCAGAACAAGAGGAGCGUAGACGUCGUGCUGAACUCGAUCGUCAAUUCAAAGCAUUUGCCGAGAAGAUUGCCGACGCUGGUAAGAACGAGAACGUUGAUGUUGACGUACCUUUCCGUGAACUUGGUUUCAAUGGUGUACCUUUCCGAUCCAACGUUUUCUGUCAACCUUCCACAGAUUGUCUGGUUCAACUCACCGAACCCCCUUUCAUGGUCAUCACUCUUGAGGAUAUCGAAGUCGCUCAUCUUGAACGUGUUCAAUUCGGACUCAAGAACUUUGAUUUAGUCUUCGUCUUUAAGGAUUUCCACCGUGCUCCUUAUCACAUCAACACCAUUCCUGUUGAAUCACUCGAAAAUGUCAAGGAAUGGUUGGAUUCUGUCAAUAUUCCAUUCUCUGAAGGUCCACUCAACUUGAAUUGGCCAACAAUCAUGAAGACGGUAACAGCAGAUCCGCAUCAAUUCUUUGGCGAUGGUGGAUGGAGUUUCUUGGCAACGGAAUCAGAUGAUGAAGAUGGCGAUGACGAAGAUGCAGAGUCAGCAUUUGAGAUGAGUGAAGAGGAGUUGGUGGCGAGUGAAGUGAGCUCGGAAGAGGAGAGCGAUUUCGAUAGUAAUGCGAGUGAAGAUGAAGGAGAGGAAGAUAGUGAGGAUCAAAGUGAAGGGGAAGAUUGGGAUGAAUUGGAGAAGAAGGCGAAGAGGAAGGAUAUGGAAAGUGGAUUGGAGGAUGAGGAAGAAGCACCAAAGAAAAAGAGAAAGCAUUAA